AUGGCGGAGGGCUCAGCGAGCCGCACCCCGGAGGGGCGGGGCGCCACGGAGCACCUGGACGGGCACGCGCCCACCCACAGAUCCCACCACGGGUCUGUCCCGAGGGGCACGGAGGUCAGCGGCGGCUACGAAGCGCGGGCCCGAGGCAAACGCGAAACCCCCGGCGCCCACGCCACCCCGUGCUCUGUCGCCACGCGGCCUGGUCGGAGGCGGCCUCGGAGGCGGUGCGCGGAGUUACGAAUGUGCACGCGCCUGACCAAACCAGGAGAACGGAUUCGCGGAGGGCUGGCGAAACGGGUCAUUUCCGGAGCUUCCAUCAGCCACUCCUCAAUGGACGUGGGCUCGGAGGGCCGAAGGCACGCGCCCCAGUCGGGCCCAUCGCCAACGGUGAGACGGCGCACUCCCCCGCCCGACACAGAAGGCACGCUCCAGAUCCUGUGCUGGCUCCCGGGGGUCCUGGCUGGCGAUACAGGUGUAGGGAAAUCGAGUAUCGUGUGGCGCUUCGUGGAAGACAGUUUUGAUCCAAACAUCAACCCAACCAUAGGGGCAUCUUUUAUGACCAAGACUGUCCAGUACCAAAAUGAGCUACAUAAAUUCCUAAUCUGGGAUACAGCUGGACAAGAACGAUUCCGCGCCCUGGCGCCCAUGUACUACCGCGGGUCUGCGGCCGCCAUCAUCGUGUACGACAUCACGAAAGAAGAGACGUUCUCCACGCUGAAGAACUGGGUCAAGGAACUCCGCCAGCACGGCCCGCCCGACAUCGUCGUCGCCAUCGCGGGGAACAAGUGUGACCUCGUCGACGUCAGAGAGGUCAUGGAGAGGGAUGCCAAGGACUACGCCGACUCCAUCCACGCCAUUUUUGUGGAGACCAGCGCAAAAAACGCCAUCAACAUAAAUGAACUCUUUAUAGAAAUCAGCCGGAGAAUCCCCUCCACGGAUGCCAGCCCGCCGUCCAGCGGCAAGGGCUUCAAGCUCCGCAGACAGCCGUCAGAGCCCCGGCGAGGCUGCUGCUGACCCUCCGGCCCGGCGGCGAGUGGUGGCCCGGGGCGCCCGAGGGCCGGGGCCCGUCCGGGUCUUCUCUGUGCAGAAGGGGUCCACAGACAUCGACGGCUGUGCUUCCUCGGAAGACCGCGGCUGUGACGCGUCAGCCGGACACUGGCGUCACGUAAAGACUCCCUGCCGUAGGAGGGCACGACGUCGUCGGCUUCAGACCUUGCGGGAAAGGAAUGCGGGACUGUAUGACUGGUAGGGCCAAAUUGUUGAGUAGUUUUGUAAUCAAGAUUUCAUGUAACGUGUACAGGGAAAAUUAGCACUUUCAUGGUUCUUGAGGGAAAAAAGACCUUGUGAAGAGAUGAUCACCUCCUUGGUCCCAUCACCACAGCUACUGGGAAUCGUGUCGUUUAAAAUGCGGUGGCCGUCACGGGUGGGGGGAUGGCAGUUAUUGCUUGAAGCGGGUCACGGAUGGGCCUGGUGGAAACGACUCCUCCCCGCCACCCUGGGCACUUUCCGUGAGCGCGUCAUCCCCGCGGGGCAGCGGCCAAGCCCAGUGUGCCCAGCGGCCUGACCUGCCGCACAGACGCCCCUUCCGCUGUUGGCAGCUUCCGGACACCCUUGUGAGCAGGGUGGUGGCGGAGACGCUGCCCAGAGUAGGCCGGACUGCAUAUGUCUAAGCAUCUCGGCGGUGGCCUGCCAGAGAAGAAAGGGAGCGAAGGCAGAGGGGUGGUGGACAGCUGGCCGUCUCUCCCCUGCCCGGGACCUUCCGGUGGGAAGGACAGUUACCUGUUGCUUAGCGUAUGUAAGCUGCCGUCUGCUCUCACGAGCCCACUGCUUAGAGGCCAUAACUGACGGAAGUACAGGAACGAGCCGUCACUCCAGCAGCCCACCACGCUCCGCCGGCCCGGAGGAGCCGGGCGUGCGCGGCCCGAGCCCCGAGCCCGCCUCUGCCCCCGUCGGGACCGUGGCAGAGACCUGCGGGCGAGCCUGGCUGGCCCUCCCUGCCUCGGGGGAUGGCUUGCUCCGGCGGCCGGCUCCAGCCCCUUUCCUGCGCUGGGUGGCGAGUUCCCUUUAGCUUGUAGGGCGUCCUCAGACACACUGCUCCGAGAGCUUUCCUUGUUACUGGCCAGCUUGUCUCUCCGUCCAGUCCCUGCCUCGGCUAGUGGUGACAGUCUUUUCCCUCAGGGAGCCUAAGGAGGUUUUUAAUAUAAUCUGAAAAUAAAGCACUGAAGUGAAGUUGG